AUGGCCGACGAACACGCACCGCCACCGCGAGGCACCUCGUCCGAGGACGCGCCCGAGGCCCGCGUCAACAAUGCCGACGCCAAGCGCUACUGGGAAUCCAUCAGCGCCGACGACCACGGCAUGCUCGGCGGCUUUGCGUUUGUGUCGCGCGCCGACCUGCGCGGCUCGCGCACCUUUCUGGCCAAGCUGGGCAUUGGGCGCACCGAGGGCCGGGGGCUGCGCCGGGUCGCGCGGGCGCUCGAGGGCGGCGCGGGCAUCGGCCGCGUCACCGAGGGCUUGCUGCUGGACGUGGCCGACGAGGUCGACGUGAUUGAGCCCGUGGCCAAGUUCACGGCGGCCCUCGCGGGCAAGCCGGGCGUGCGGCGCGUCUUCAACACGGGGCUCGAGGGGUGGGCGCCGGAGGCGGACAGCGUCGACGGCGGGGCGGCGCCGGGGCUGCCGGUGUACGGCCUGGUGUGGACGCAGUGGUGCACGGGCUACCUCAACGACGACCAGUUUGUCGCGUACCUGCGGCGGUGUCGCACGGUCCUGGCGCCCGGCACGGGCCUCGUCGUCGUCAAGGAGAACCUGACGACCACGGGCGUCGACGACUUUGACGCGCAGGACAGCAGCGUGACGAGGUGCGACCUGGACCUGUCCCUGCCGGCUGGUGUAUGCUUGAAAGACCGCGCUGACACAUCUAGAUCCGAAACGUCGUUCCAAACCAUCUUCGCCAGGGCCGGCUUCCGCCUGGUGCGGUCCGAGCUGCAGCGCGGGUUCCCGCCCGAGGCAGAGCUGCUGCCCGUCAAGAUGUACGCUCUCAAGGCUAUCGAGGAGGCAGAGGGCGCACAUGCGGCGAGAUGA